AUGUCUACAAAAAAUUUAGAGUAAUAUGAAUAAGAAGAAGAGUAGUAAGAAGAAGAAGAAGAGAAUGAAGUAAUUUAAUAAAAUGGUUUAAAGGAAUUAUAUGAAGAUUAAGGUAUUUUUGAAUGAGUGGUAUAGAUUAGAAUAAUUCAUGCAAUAAAUAAAUUAACUUAAUGAAUAAGGAAUUCUAAAAAUAAAAUUAUAAAAAUAUUAAGAAGCAAUGAAAUUACUUUAAUAAUCUGAAUAAAUGUUAGAAGUAAAAUAGUUAAAUAAUAUAAUACUAGUAUGCAACAAGUUGUGGUAAACAAAUUGAUAAAGAUUUGAUAAUAGUUAUACUUUAUAAUUAAGCAUGUACUUAUUAAUGGUAUAUAUAAAUUAUGCAAUAUAUUAAAAAGUUAAUGGAUUUUAGAUAAAUGUUCAAAAUAUUUGACUGGAGUAAUUUAUAAUUUGGAUGAGGGUAGGAAAGAAGAAGAUAUAAAUGAGAAUACAAUAAUAUAAGAAUAAGAAAGUGAUGCAACAUAAGUAAAAAAGAAAUCUUUUCUUGCAAGAGCUUCUUUGUAAUAGACUGCUAUACUAAGUUAAUUAGGAAAGUAAGAUAAAAUGAAAUAAUUAGACAUAAAUUAGCAUUAUAAUCAGCUAGAAAAGCAGCAGAAACUAUGAGAGAAGUAUUUAAAUUAGCAUCAUAAUUUUGUAAAGAUUGGUUGAAUAAAAAUGGAUCUUUAGAAUCUGCUAUUAUUACAAAUAAUUCUAGUUUGAAUAAUAAAUCUAAAUAAAAAAAUAAUAAAUUCUAAAUGAAAGAUGAAGUUGAAUUUAGUCGAUUAGUAAUCAAUUCUGGUAAGGAUAUCUUACUAGAUAUGUUAAAAUAUUAAGAUUUAGAUAAUAUGUCAAAUGAUGAAUAAUUGAUUUUAAGAGAAGCUAAAAAAUCAUUAUAUUUUUGGAAAAACAAUCCAUAAAAUAAUGAAAAACAUAUUCGUCAAGAAUUAAAAUUAUCAUAUAGAGAGGAGGAUUAUCGUUCAAUCUUAGGAGUUUAAAAUGUUGAAGAAUGGAUCUAAUCAUUUAAUGUUAGUUUUAUUAUGCAUAUGACACCACUUAUUUAUAAUGAGUUUACUUAAUAAGGUGAAAUGUUAUAUGAGAUUUCUAAAAGAUUAUUAUUAGAAAAAAUUAUUUAAUUAUCUAUCUCAUACUUUACUAUUGCAACUGAAUUAAGAUUUAUAGAAUUAGAAAAAGCAAAAUAAUAAGGAAUUAAAGAAAUUAAUACUGAAGAAUUUAAAUUAAGUGAGUUAUAUCAUCUUAAAUCUGUAGAAAUUGCAUGUAAACAUAUUACUUGUUCUUCUUAAUAUAUUAAUCAUCUCAUUACAACCUAUCAUAAACAUUAUAAUUCUAAUUUAGAUACUAUUUAAGAAGAAUCAAUUACUUCCAUGGUAUCAGAAAUUAAUUAUAAAGAAUUAAAAUUAUAAAAACUUAAAUUAAUUUAAAUUUAAACAUAAAGAGAAAAUUAAGUACUUAUAUAGAAUAUUACUGAACAGAAAUUAAAUGAUUCUUCUCCUACUGGAAAUUUAAUCAAUUCAUUUUAAAGUUAACAAUCAUUUAAAAAUAAUAGAAAUAUUAUAGAUAAUCUUAAGAUUUAGGCCAAUAUGCUUGAUUAAAUAAUUCGUAAUAAACGACGAUUAUAAAAACCUUCUAAUAUUUCUCCAAAAUAAAAAUUUUAAUUUUUAAAUGCUUCAACAAAUAAUAGUUGUGAAAGAGUUAAUGAAAAGAUGUUAAAAAUUCAAGAAGGUCUCCCUAUUCAAUUAUAACCAUAUAAAUCAGCAAAAACAUCCUUUAAUUAUUUAUUUAAAUAAACACCUCUAACAUAAUAAAAUAAUAAAGGAUUAAUGAAAUCAUUCUUACUUGAAAGUUCUAGAGUAGAUAGAUAAAAUUUUAUAAAAAAUCACUCUCCUAAAAAAGGAGAAAGAUCUCCAGAAUAAUCUCCUGGUAAAUCUUAAGUUAAAUGUAAACCUCUGACUUCAAUCCUUUAAAAUAAAACUCCAUAACCUAUACAUAAAUCAGAAAUUGAAUCAUGUAUUUAUAUAAUAAUUAUUAUAAUAGAAUUUCCUAUGAAAAUGGAAACUUUGCAACAAUUACUAAAUGGAAAAUCAAAUUAUAAUUAAAAAAGAAAAUGA